UUUGUAUAGAAGGAGAAGGAAGGAGCAGAAGAACCCUCCUAUCAAACGAUUCCGUUUCAGUAAAGGCCAAGACACGAUGAUGCACAUGACUUUCUACUGGGGUAAGAAGGUUACCCUGCUCAUCGACUCAUGGAAGACCGAUUCAUGGACGAGUUACGCUCUCACCAUACUCGCUUGCUUCCUCUUCUCCGUCUUUUAUCAGUACAUGGAGGAUCGUCGUAUCCGCUUCAAAGUCUUCGCUACGGCUAAGAAGCCCUCCAACAUCUCAUCGAUCGAUACCCCUCUUCUCCUUCCAACGCUCGCCGGUGGCCGCUGGAAAAACCCCGCCAGGUAUGGCGCUGCUACCUUGUUUUGUGUUAAUUCGGCCAUCGGGUACCUGUUGAUGCUCGCAGUCAUGUCCUUCAAUGGAGGUGUCUUUUUGGCCAUCGUUUUGGGGCUCUCUUUUGGGUAUUUGCUCUUCAGGAUUGCUGAUGAAGACCUUUUGGCUGUGGAGAAUCCCUGCGCUUGUGCUUGAGACCCAUCUCAAGGUCA